AUGUUUACUCAACAUGACUUUAUACCAGGCCAUGAAUCAUCAGAAGAGGCAAAUUUAUUAAGCCAUAGAGCUGUUUAUAGACCAGCUGUAGAUAGUAAUUCAUUAUUAGUUGACUAUCUAGAAAAUGGUAUAUACUGUAAUAGAAAUAAAGAAGGAUUCCUAUUUAAUGGUAAUAAACCUCUAGACAUAUUAAAAAUUGGAUUUCCUUUUGAAUCAAAUAAAUAUCGUUCUGAUUUAGUUUGUACUCAGCAAGCUCGUGUAUCACUAAGAGCUAGAGCUCCAUGUGUAUCUAUUGAAUGGUAUCCAGGUGGGCGAAGGCUUAUAGUAGGUACUGUAGGGGGUGAAUUGACUUUAUGGAAUGGUACCUAUUUUUCUUUUGAGGAUUUGAAAAGUGUUCCAUCUGGACAGGGAGCUGUAUUAGCUUUAAAUUUUUCUAAACAAGAUGACUUUAUAGCAUGUGGAGAUGGAAGUGGUAAUAUAGUUUUAUUAACACCAGCAUUAGCUCCAAUUGCUUCAUUUAGGCAGUUUUUAGGUCAUGUAGUAAGAGAUGUUACAAUAUCUCCUACUGGUAAUAAAGUAGUUGCAGCAGCAGAAAAUGUACAUCCUAUAAUUAUAGAUGUAGGGUCACAAAAAAUAGAAAAUUCUCUUGUUUCUCGAGGUUAUGAUAUAACGUGUUCUCAAUGGCAUCCAAUUCAAGCUUUAAUAGCUACAGGAUCUCAAACAUAUCAAUUACACUUAUGGGAUCCUCGUACUGCUAAUGCAAUUGGCACAAUAUUUGGUCAUAAACAUUCUGUUGUACGCAUAAAGUGGAAUUCAACUGGUCAAAUGUUAGCUUCUUCAGGUAAAGAUGGUGCUUUAAAAAUUUGGGAUAUACGAUCACUUAAUAAACCAAUUACAAUAUACAAAACUAGAUGUGAUGCUGUAAGUAUAUCAUGGCAUCCUGAAAUUGAAUCAUUUAUGGCUACUGGUUUUUUUGAUGGUGAUAUUUGUUAUUAUAAUACAAAUGUAUGUUGUUCACAACCUUUGGGAGUUAUUCCAAAUGCUCACCAAGGUGCAGUUUGGGGAGUUGCAUGGCAUCCAUUAGGACAUUUAGUAGCCUCUAGUGGUCAAGAUUCUAGACUUAAAAUAUGGUCAAGAAGUCUUUGUAGUAAUCCUGGGACAUUAAGUAGUAAUGAAAUAUUACCUCAGGUAAUACUUCCUCGUAAUAAUUCAGGAUCUAUAAUAAGAAAUGAUUAA